CUGCGGUGGCCCGUGUUUCAGCUGGCCAGGAACCUCAGAGCCAUGCACCACCUCGGGUCCGACAAGGACUCCCUGCCAGCCCAUAGGGAGGUGGAGACCCUGAAAUACAGCGAGGUGGCUGCCGCUGCCAAUGUGACCUGGCAGAGAGGGAAGACCUGCAUCCAAAGCACCGUGUCCCUCCUCUCCAACUGCCUCAAGAAUGGGGAGAACGUCGCCUUUGUCCUGAAAGACAUAGGAGUGCUCCUCUUUGAAGGAAUGAGCUUUGGAAUUAAAUACUAUUACGACUUCCUUGAGAAGCUCUCCGGGAAGGAGAAAUUCAGAAAAGUUGUUUUCAAGGCCCCCUGGCUGCUGGACACGCUGGUGUCCCGGGUGGCACCGGUGGCCUCCCUGACGCACUCUGGCCGCCUCGUCGUCUUCCCCAUGUUUCAGAAGCAGGUUGCACCCAAACCACCGCCCAGGAUAUUCCGCAAGGCCUCCAAAGAUCUCCAUGGUGAGGGGAAGCAAAAGAAAGAAGGGGCUUUGCUACCUCUUGUCCAGGGCAAGAAAGGUAAAGCAGCUGCCAGCUCCUUCCCAUGGCACGUGCAACCACCGUGUGACGGGAAAUCCCUGAGCGCCCCUUGUCACUGA